GGAAUGCCAGUCUGGGUGAGGUGUCCCAGGUGUGCCAAGCUUUGCGCAAAAUUACAAAAAGAUCAACAUCACAACUGGCGCACCAUGGUCGUACACUAACUCCCUAAAACCCAAUACAUAUCAAAAUAAUGCACUGAUAAAAUUUACUAUAGCAUAACAUUUUAAAAACUAUUACAUAAGGAUACCAAAGAGUAGUAAUCUUAGUCUUAACUUUUUUUAAAACAUUAAAAAGUAUUUACUUAAGAAUAAAAAGAAAAAGUUAACGAAUCAGAGAACGCGUUCGAAGUUUGAAAUUUCGGGGAGUCGUUCGGUUUUAGUCCGGUGGUGCGCGGGGGGCAGUCGCCCCCUGGGGCUCGACCGUGGAGGAGGACGGGCCCGCGCUGCUCGGGCGGCUGCAGGGCGCGCUGCGUGGGCGCGCCGGCGCCGCCUCGCCGUCGCGCGUCGCCAGCUCCAUCAAGGGCUACCUUACCAACAAAGUCGGGUCGCUGCAGCUUAGAGACACAGGUUCCGAAGUUCCGUUUGGGGGUCGCGACGCGGGACAUCGCUAAGCAAAUGAACAGUGAACUACCAGAAGGAUACGCAACCACACUACCCACGAACAUGCAUACGAGACCCCACAAAAGAUAGGUAUUUCUAAAUUGCAGUGAAAAGAAAAAGUCAAGAUGGCGGAAGGACCACAGACGAUAUGGCAAAAGAUCGACGGCACCGUCAUCCCCGUGGUGAACCUCGAGGUUCGGGAGGUUCGCGAGGUCCUAUGGGAGAAGAUCAAGGAACCGAGAUCCCAAAGAAAAAUUAUCCUGGUCAUAGUGUCCAUAGCCCUGCUUCUGGACAAUAUGUUGUACAUGGUUAUUGUGCCGAUAAUUCCAGACUAUUUGAGGUAUAUAGGCGCAUGGGGAGAAGAGGCUUACGACCAUGUUGUUACCUUACCACCCAUCAGGGAAGGCAAUCGAACCAUUAUUCCGACCAAAAUUAUUCCCGCGACACACGAGGGCCAGGAGUCAGCCACGGGGGUACUGUUCGCGUCUAAAGCAAUAGUGCAGCUUAUGAUCAACCCAUUCUCUGGUGCCUUAAUUGAUCGAAUCGGGUAUGAUAUACCCAUGAUGAUUGGACUCGUCAUAAUGUUUCUCUCGACUUCUGUAUUCGCGUGCGGCCGGAGUUACAGUAUGCUAUUCUUCGCCAGGAGCUUACAAGGUGUAGGCUCUGCCUUCGCGGACACCUCGGGUCUCGCCAUGAUAGCUGACAGAUUCACAGAAGAAGCUGAGAGAUCUAAGGCCCUUGGUAUUGCUCUUGCGUUUAUCAGUUUUGGGUGCCUCGUAGCGCCUCCUUUUGGUGGUGCUCUAUACCAGUUCGCUGGCAAAGAAGUGCCGUUCUUGAUUCUUGCUUUAAUAUCCCUAAUAGAUGGGUUCAUGUUGCUACUAGUGAUGAAACCUUUGAAGACUCAGAUAUAUGAGUACAAUCAACCAAAAACAGCUGGAACGCCGAUUUGGAAAUUGCUUAUGGAUCCAUACAUUGCAGUGUGUGCUGGAGCGUUGAUGAUGUCGAACGUCGCAUUAGCGUUUCUUGAACCAACGAUAUCUUUGUGGAUGGAAGAUAAUUUAACCAAAGAUAACUGGAAAAUUGGUAUGAUAUGGCUCCCAGCAUUCUUCCCGCAUGUGCUUGGUGUUAUAAUAACAGUGAAGAUGGCUAAAAAAUAUCCUCAGCAUCAAUGGCUGAUGGCAGCUGGUGGGCUCGCUCUGGAGGGUCUAUGUUGCUUCAUUAUACCAUUUGCAAAUUCCUACAAGAUGCUCAUGAUUCCUAUCUGUGGAAUAUGUUUCGGUAUCGCCUUAAUCGAUACAGCACUGCUCCCGACGCUUGGUUAUCUGGUGGAUGUGCGAUAUGUCUCUGUGUACGGCAGUAUCUACGCUAUCGCCGAUAUAUCAUACUCAUUCGCGUACGCCGUGGGACCUAUCAUUGCCGGAGAAGUAGUGGAAGCAAUUGGUUUCACUGCCUUGAAUCUCCUUAUCGCUUUCAGCAAUCUGCUCUACGCGCCUGUGCUCAUGUACUUGAGGCACAUUUACGAUUUCAAACCUUUCGAGAACGAAGCUAAUAUUUUGAUGGGAGAUCCUCCUGAUAAGGAAUACCAAACUUACAGUCUGCAGGAUCAGAGGCCUGUGAAUGGCGAAUAUAAGAACCAUUUGGAGUACUCUAACGUUUCUGGGCAAGUGGGUACGGAAGAGUCGAACGUUGACACGAAUACAAGUUACUCUUACGAUCAGUCGUAUCAAGGAGGGUAUCAGAAUUAUGGGCAAGGCUAUGAGCAGCAACAGCAGCAGCCACAACAGCAACAACAGGGGUACCAGCAAGAGUAUCAGCAACAACAGGGAUACAGUCAGCCUCGGCAGUUGCCUGCUCAGCCGCAGCCGCCGGCAAGUAACCCCUUCAGAGCGGCGGCAUCGGCCGCUCCCGCGCCCGCCGACGUCGCCGCUCCGCCUGCCGCCGCACCCGCCGGCCCCACAAUCAAGAACCCCUUCCGGCAAGGCUUUUAGAGCGCUCCUAUUUCGGUGUUGUUGUCUAUAUUUUUGAAUUUACUUGUUGUGUAAUUAUAAAUAUCUUAAAUUUGGAUACUACUUCGAUCACUGAGCUGCGUUACAUCGGCGGCGAGUUAUUUAGUGUCUGAUAGAUGUCUAAUACCUAGUUGUGCUUGUAAUUAUGGUAUUUGUAGAAUAUCUCUAUGGCUAUUCUUGAAAUGGUUAUUCAUUAGUCACGGUUGAGCGAUUGUAUCAGAAAAUGGAUACCAUUAUGAGAAAAGCCAUGCUGUUUUUCCUGUUGAUAUUGUAUUGUUCAGAUGUAACUUAUUACAACUGUUGAUUAUGCCUUCUUAAAAUAUAAUAAUUAUGACGACUUUUCCGAACAAAUAUGAACCAACAAUAUAUCGCUUGACCAAAGAAUUGUCGGAGAGUAAUCAUAAGAAUAAAUAAAUUAUUAUAUCCGAGAUGUGAAAAAUCAGUGAAAAGGAAAGUGUGAUAAAAUGUGACACGUUUAAUAUGAAAUUUUCAAAAUAAUCUUUCUCUAAUUUUGGAAUAAUAAUUAACACUGAUUUUGCACAUUGCAUUAAUAUGUCAUAGUGAUGACGAAAUAAUUAAAAUGAAAUUUAUGUAAAGUAGACAUUAUAAUGAACAAGUAUAUUAUUACUUUUCAUGUAUGCUCAUCAGCACUACAACGGCUACGAAGGCACAAAUAUCAUCAUUAAAAAAGCCUAAGAUAAAGUACUUUGUGAUCUUUUGGCACUUUACUUUAAAAAGUUAACAUAAGUACCUACAUAUUAUAUUAUUAUUUGUUAAGGUCAAAGAGAUUUAGAUAAUAUGCAUUUCUUAUUAUUGUUUAACGUCUUUGGUUCAGACCUUUAAAUAAGAUUAAUAUGAUAUAAUAAGCAUUGCAUUUAUAAAUGUAACAAUGUCUGUCAUUUAUUAAAGUAACAUUGUUACUAUAUCAUAUGAUGUAUGUACAUAAUCCUGUUUAUUUCUCUAUGUGACGACAGCCUGUCAGUGUACCUGUGAAUAUGUUUGUACACUAAGGUGUCUGUCCUUAUAUUUUUAGAUAAUUAAUUUUAAUUAGGGAUAAUCAAUCCUUCCUCUGCUAUUUCAGCAAUAUUAGUCUAAGUCAUUGUCGCUUUGGAAUGGAUACUCAACAUUAUAUCAAUUAAUAUAUCAAUUAGUGAUAGGUUAGGCAACCAACUUGUGAUAAAGUUGCAACCAAGGUAACGAAACAUAUCAGAAUCUUUUGAUUCACUUAGGCUAAGUGUAUGUAUAGUCAUAGGUCCGUUUGUCUAGUUGUACAGAAUCGUAUUGUCGUUUUACUAAACUCGUAGUUACUAUACGGUAAGCGGUUAUAAACCAUCAGAUACGCACUACAAUGAGGUCGUUUGGCAAAGAUAGCCAUAAAACCUAGCAAUUAUAAGUAAAAAACUAUUUUGUUUAUUAUUUUUGGGAUCUUAUUAUAAUUGUAAAAGAAUGAUAUCGUUUAUAGAACAAGUUGUUUAAGCAUGAGAAGCACAAAAUAAAAUCAAACCAAGAAGUUAAUAAUUUUGCGGUUUAUUUGAAUUAAACAACGUAUUAAUUAUUAUACCUACUCUCUCGCUAAACGACCUCUGAAAUCUAUUUAAUUUGCAGACGAAAAGAAUCUAAAGCAGAGUUGAAAUAAAAAAAACGUAAUAUCUAAAUAAUUGUACAAGAAAAAGUGACGAGCCCGAAAUGUCAAUUGAGAGUGUAUAAAGAUAAAUGUGAAUAAUAUUCGUAAUGGUAAACUAUAUAUCGAGAGUGCUUCGAUUCGAUUCAACUCAGUUGCCUUUGUUCCCGACGAUUCGUGCGCUGAACCACACAAUGCAUCGUACCGACUAUAACGAUUCUAUUAAUAGAACAUAGCCUGCAAAAGUACAAUAGCAAUUGUAGAUUUCAUCAUCCAUUGCACAAAUUUCUUGUGAGCACAAAAUAAAAUUAGUAAUAUCGAAUUAUUUAUAUUUUAUGAAUAGAUACGUAACUGGUAAGUAACGGAGAAACGUAACCAUCGUCAUGUUGUCACGAGAGAGUUUCUCUCCUAACCAUCAUUGUUAGGAGAGAAAGUGUAAUAAUCUCUCCUGAUGGUCACUUAAAGCUGUUCUUAAGUGA